UUGUAUCAAGUAGUAAAAAGACAUAGUCAUGAUUAAUGUAUAACGCCUCUCCUCUCAGAAAGGGGCAGUGGCUGAUGAAUAAUACAUACCCUAAACCCGCCCAUUUAAUGUUUAUUGAUCAGCAGUCAGAUUCAGUCUGGAUAUGGCGUCGCUGCACCGACACGGGAUGAAUUUUUACCUCUCCGUGGGAAUUUGCCAGUCGCGCAUCGGGACGGAACUUUUGUGUUUUUGUCGUUGAUGAUAGAUAUCCUACAUGGCGAUGGAGGACGAGGAUAAUACAGCGGUCGUGGCGACGAACACCCAACCGGGCAUCAAGAAAGGAGGUGAUGUCGGAGAUAACGGGGCUUGCAUAGACAGGCAGCCGGACACGGUAGUACACCAAGCGGGGCUGAAUCCGACUGCAGGUCGCGGCAGCCGCAUUGGUCCCGGAGCUCACGCUACGACGGGGAUCCGAGUGCUAAAGCAGCGCAACAUGAAACGGAAUGGGAGUCGUGGCUGUGGGACGAGAAAGACCAGAUUUGGAUCAAGAGAGCGGGACUGGCUAAAGGGGGACACCCAGCGGGGCUGUGUGUGUCUGUAUGGGGGCACAGUGGACCCCCAGCUACCUGCCUCUGGUCCACAGUCCUCCUCCACCCCUCAGACAGACCUGCAGUUGGUGCUCUGCUCCACUAGUACCACAGUGGAGGAGCUGUGUGCUCAGAGGGACGGACAAGGACUCUAUGUUCAGCUGCAUGGGGAUCUUAUCAGGAGGCUGGACACCUCUGAGCGUCCGCUCCAGAUGCUGUAUAACUACCUGACAGCUAUGGGCUACACAGAGCCUAUACGAGUGCAGCAAGAAGCAGCCAACUCAGAUCUCAGCUGUUUGAUUCGUUUCUACAGUGAGCGUCCAGUGAAUGCAGACCAGCAGGAGCGGACCCUGCUAAAAGGCGUAUUCAGCGUCAGGAAGGGCAAGACGCAGCUGCACAAGUGGGCAGAGCGACAGGUCAUUCUCUGCGGCACCUGUCUAAUCGUGGCCUCCGUCAAAGACAGCCUAACUGGGAAGAUGCACAUCCUGCCCCUGGUGGGGGGAAAGGUGGAGGAGGUGAAGCGGAGGCAGCACUGUCUGAUGUUCAGCUCAGCCGGAUCACAGGCCCAGACAUACUUUGUCAACUUUGACACACUUGCAGACUACCAGCGAUGGCAUCGGCAGGCCUCAAAAGUGGUGUCUCAGACAGUCAGCCUGGUAGACCUGUCCUGCUACAGUCUGGAAGCAGUGCCUGAAUAUCUAUUUUACAGUCAGGAUGUCACCCACCUCAACCUAAGACACAACUUCAUGAGUCUUCAGGGGCCAGGAGGCUUGCUCAACCUCCCCAGGUUUUCUCAGCUGAAGAGCCUGAACCUGUCUCACAACCGUCUGGGUGUGUUUCCUGAAUGUGCGUGUGAGAUCCUCACCCUGACUGAACUCAAUCUCUCCUGUAAUAAUCUCCACACCGUCCCUGUGCAGAUAGGCAACCUUCACAGCCUGCAGACAUUGUCUUUGGAUGGGAACCAUCUCAGCUCCCUGCCUGAAGAGCUGGGUGGCCUUUCCCAGCUCAACAACUUAGGGCUCUCCUUCAACAACUUCUCUCACAUCCCUGCUGUGUUGGAGAGGUUGAGUGCAGUGGACAAGUUGGCCAUGGCUGGGAACAGAGUGGAGAUUCUGGAGUUGUGUACUUUGGCCAGAAUGAGCCAUCUUAAAAACAUCGACCUCCGAUUAAAUGGGCUGCACUGGUUGAAAAACAUUAGUCUAGAACCAGUGAGCCAGGUGACCCAGUUGGACUUACGGUACAAUUACUUGGACUCACUAGACCUGAGCUCCGUGUGCAACCUGGAAAUUCUGCAUUGCCAGCGCAACCAGCUAACAACACUCACACUUAGUGGUUUCACACUGCGCAUGCUUCACGCCAACAGCAACCGCCUUACAACAGUCAACAUCUAUCCAGUCCCUAACCAGCUGACACACAUGGACCUAUCACAGAACCUUUUGGAGUACCUUCCGGACUGGGUGUGUGACUGCGGAAAAAUUGAGAUGCUGGACGUCACGCACAACCUCCUGUCUGAGCUUCCUUCCAGACUGCUCAACAGCUUGAGUUUGAGAAAGCUGCUGGCGGGGAACAAUCGUUUGCAGAGAGUGUCUGACCUACUUGACCACAUCCCUCUGGAAGCCCUAGACCUCCAGCACAACAAGCUAGCUGAGCUCCCUGAGAGUCUGUUUUAUAAGGCCUUAAACCUAAAAUACUUAAAUGUGUCAGCCAAUGCACUGGAAAGUAUUCCUCCCAGCAGCCCAUCAGAGGAGAACCUCAGCACACUCCAGGAGCUCUACCUUACGGGGAACAACCUGAAUGAGAACUGUGGUGCAUUGUUAGUUGGACACCAGAACCUGCGGGUCCUUCACAUCGCCUACAACCAGUUGCUCUCCUUCCCUGCCAGUAAGCUGAGUAAGCUGGAACUCCUGGAGGAGCUAAAUCUAAGUGGCAACAAGCUAAAGACCAUCCCCUCCACUGUGUCCAGCUGUAAGAGACUGCACACCCUCAUAGCACACUCCAACCACAUUACUGUCUUCCCAGAGAUCCUCAACCUGCCUGAGAUCAAGCUUGUAGAUCUAAGCUGUAAUGAGCUGACUGAGAUCCAGCUGCCUGACUCGCUGCCUGCCACUCUGCAAGAGCUGGACCUGACAGGCAACAGCAGCCUGAUGUUGGAACAUAAAACCCUCAACCUCUUCAGUCACAUCACCACCCUUAAGUUAGACCAGAAAUCCACCACGACAGCAGGAGACUCACAGAGUGCCUCCCCUCCAUGGAACCACGGUUACUCUGAAAUGAGCGGCCAAAGAAACAAGUUGUGUGUGUCUGUGCUGGCUGUAGACCGGUUUGGAGAUGGUGUGGAAGCAUGUUAUGGCAUCUUUGACGGAGACCGCAAUGAGGAAGUGCCUCGGCUGCUGCAGUGCACCAUGGGAGAUGUGCUGUGGGAAGAACUCCAGCACUCCAGUAUUGACAAUGUGUAUAUGUGCAACACCUUCCUCACCUCACACAGGAAACUAGGAAUGGCUGGCCAGAAACUGGGUGCUUCUGCCUUGCUGUGUUAUAUUCACCAUGAGCCUUCAGAUCCAGUGGGCUCCUUCAGCCUCACUGUGGCCAAUGUUGGCACCUGCCAGGCAGUGCUGUGCCGGGAUGGUCGACCUAUACCUCUCUCUAAGGUUUACAGCUUGGAGACCUGCACUGAGGAGAUGGAGAGAGUUAAACUCAGUAAAGCCAUUAUUACCGAGGACAACAAAGUGAGUGGAGUGACAUGCUGCUCUCGCCUGCUGGGCUGCUCUUAUCUGUCUCCCUGGGUGCUUCCAAAGCCCUGGGUGCACUCUAAGCCUCUCUGUUCCCAGGAUGAGUUCUUGAUACUGGGGAAUCGAGCGCUGUUUGAACGAGUCUCCUACCAGGAGGCUGUGUGCACUGUACAGGCUGUGCGAGAUCCUCGCGCUGCUGCCAAGAAGUUGUGUUCCCUUGCUCAGAGUUAUGGUUGCAAAGACAACAUUGAGGCUGCAGUGGUAUCCCUGCAUAUUGCUGAGGACAGCUGUACCUGUGAGCCACCUGUCUCCACCACUGAACCACGGGGUCCCCCUCCCCCUCCCGCCCCUGUGCCUGUGACCGUGACCCCAGGCCCCAGUGACCCAGCAACCCUUUCAUCCAGCAGUGGUAUUGUCUCUGAGUUUAACAGUGAGACAUCAGCUUCAGAGGUGGGCAGUGAGGCGGGGUCCACCGCUUCAGACGAGCAUCCAUCGUCUGUCCCUGCAUCCCGCCCAGAGAGACGCUGUAGUCUACACCCUGCUACUACACUGUGUGGAAUUAUGGUGCCAGGCUCAGUUGGGGCAGGAACCCACCCAGGCCUAUUCCAGCGACAGCCCUCCAGUGCUACAUUCUCGAGUAACCACUCUGACAACGGCUUGGACAGUGAUGAUGAAGCUCCGCUUGAGGGCGUAAUUUCCAAUGGCAGCAAGCUAGAAGUGGAGGUAGACAUUCACUGCUGUGCUUUCCAACUACGGCCAGGGGUCCCUGAGAGCCCCAAAGACUUGGACCUUGAAAAGCGAGGCUCUGACUAUCCCAAUGGCAAAAUGCGGAGACAGAACAGUGUGGUGGUUUCUGCUACAAACGGCUGCCUGCUUGCUGUAUGUGGGAGAGAGAUUACAGACCUUAAAAAGUCUCCUUCCACAUGCAGCCUGUUUGGGAAGAAGCUAUCCAAUGGCUCUGUGGUAGCCCCAGAGGACAGUCAUAAUCUCAUUGAAGUGGCCCUGGAGGCUCCUAAGAAGAAAUCUGGGUACUUCACUGCCCCAGCACAGCAGGACCCCGAGGACCAGCUCAUUGUGCCGCCGAGUCUGGAGCAGGAAGUCAGGGAGCAGCUAAGAGGCCAGAGCCUUCUAGUCUCAGCACCCCCCUUACCAUCCAUACCCCCUUCCUUAAAAGACCCAGUGUGGGAUCAUCCCCACCCCCCUGCAUUUGCCUCCAACCUGGUCCCAGGUCCAGGCCCGGCCCCCAUCCUACAGCAGGAAGUCUACGAUACGGCCCUCUAGAAAGGGGACACAAGACAGUGUCAUGCGGCUGGAAUUCUGUGAUUGUGCCAUUCCAGGAAAGAAGAGGAGAUUAUGCAUGGGGGAUAUUCCAAUUCAAGUUGCCAUUCAGAUCUUUUUGCAAGACAAAGCUGUGGGACUUCGACAUUCACUAAGUGAUGCUGCGCCUUUAAAGUGAGGUAAAAAAAAAAGAUUUCUUUGAACGUUCUGAGUAUCCAAGAAAAAAGGGCGACCAAAAUCCCAGUUCAUAACAUGACGUUGUGAAAAAACCAAAACAAGCCUGACUUGAAAUGGGAUACCUCAUGUGUUAAAACAUGUCAGCAACAUUUCCCUUUACUUGGAAAGCAAGCAAUCUAGAGGGUUUGUACGGGAGAUUAUGGUUAGUGCAGUCAAAUCUCCUCUCCAGGGUCUCUGUGGUCUCUCAGGUCCUGGAGAGAAGCCCUGUUACUGAAACUUGAAAAGUGCCUACUGCAGACAACUCAGCCUAGAGCUCCUCCCUUAUCAAGGCUGUGUUUGGGAAUGUGAGCUUGUUAGUUAAAUUUGGAGGAGGGACAGGGUCUCCAAGAGACCAGCACUGGCACAGCUUCUGCUCUCCUCCUUGUCCUGUGGCUUACAAGGGAUAUCAAAUAUCAGAGUAUAAAUGCUUGUAAGGGCCAUAGGACUAGAAGAUGUGAAGACAAAAUAACUGUAUUUACAAUGCCAGAAACGUAAUGCUUGGGUUUGAUUUUUAACAUUCCCACACAAUAUGUAUGGAAUCUUCUAUAUAGUAUAAAUUAAUUCUAUACAGUAUAGUACACACUCACUCAACUAGCAGCCAACUGACAUGGUGUGCUUGAGCUGCUGACACACCUAGAUUAAAAAGUAUUGCUAUUUAGAGUAAUUCAUUUUGAAUAAGUGUAAAACAAAAUCAUUUUAAAGUCAUUCAACUGUACAGAGCGGAUGUGUUGUAGAGUUUUAAAAAUCCUUAAAGUAUAAUCUGUGACAGUACAUGAGCAAAUAGUCUCCUUAAAAUCUAAAUAGGAAAAUAAAAGAAGAAAAUUGACUUACUUUAGUAAAUUUGAUGGCCACUGGACAGUGGACCCCAGGAUGUAUGGAUAUAAAUUUUGAACAAAUCAGUCAAGGCAAUUAAACAGUGUACAAGAGGUGAAGGAUGAAAGCAGUAUUUUAUGUACUGUAAGAUAUGGCCACUGGUACUAAUAUUGUACAUGCAUCCAAAUGUUGGCGACUGCUACCCUUUGAAAUGUGUAAACAUCAAUUCAUGUCCUUGCAGGCAGAUUCAGUUAUUGACGUUUGUACAUCUUAGCAAACUCAAUUUUGCUUAUGAAUGCACUGCCCACACAUCCAGAUAACUUUCAGGAUGUGUUAUUCCAGCCCAUUUCAAACAGAACCUAAACCCUAUAUUUUUGUAUUUUGUGUGAUCUAGUCUGUAUACACAAGAUGUCACAAAGUUUGACCCACAGUUCUACAGGUGCGUGCAGAGAUUUGGGACAUAGGAACAAAUAGUGUUUAUAAAUGCCAUUUCCUGAUCAGGGGACAAUGUUUCUGUAGAGUUCAGAUCACACAGUUGAUAAAAUAAAGGAUUAUCAGUGCAGCAGCAGUAUACUGCAGGGUACUGCAGUAAGAACGCACUGAUUCAGUCCCUAAUUAUAAGUAAAUAAUGUGAUUUUCCCAUUAGAUCACACACAGUGCUUCAGCAGUUAGUAUCAUUAGUUCUCAAUCAGUUUUUUAUAUGUGUAGGACCAAUCAUUAAUACCUAAAGUAAUGUUGCCCUGGAAACAAUUCCUAAACUUUCCCACCUUGUGCCAAAACAGAAAGUAGCUCUGCCCGGGCUGCGGUGGUUAUAAGAAGGCCAAAGUUGGGUAAUUCCUCAUGUCAGUGAUUGCUACAUUAGAUGUAUAUUUUUAGUUGCCACUCCAAGUCCGUAGUGGUGCACUUCUGGCAUUCUACAGCUGUUGCAUAACUGGACCUUUCAGUGUUCCCUUUUAGCCUUAAAGUAAACACUAAUCAGUAUUUCUUUACGGGGAGAAGCCCUUUGUUUCAUCCCACUCAUGUUCUGUUUGGGACUGAGGCUCUGGGGGUGUUGUUUAUUAAAGCAGCUCCUCUGUCCUUACUUUGCUACACAGGAAUGAGUGAUAAGUCAGUGAUAAAGCCUUAAUUGAUGUGUGACUUUGAAUCUUUUCAUGUGUUUUGCACGUUUUUGUCUCACACGGUUAAAAGCACUUUGUAUGUAGAAAAUAGUGAUUUAAGAGUUAUACACAUAUAUUUGAGUUUAAUAUAUGAGAUAUUGUUCAACACAGUGUACUGGGGUUAUUGUGGCUUACCUCAGUCCAACAUAUCACUUCUUGUCUAAGAAUACAUAGCCAACACAAAUGACAUAAUGACGGUUAAUUUACAACAUUCCUUUUUUGGUGUGUUUUUAAUAUGACAUAUGACUUGCCAUGACUUAUUUUAUGAAAGGCUAUUUUUGUUUGUUUUCAGUUGCAUCUGUAUUUUACAGAACAAUAUUUGAAGUUUUAACAUCAGCACCACAAACAGCAUAAUUUGUGUUCUUAAGUAGGCCCACCCCUAAUUUCCACAGGAUGCGCAAUGGCUGCGUAUCGGCUCCACUGCGUGACGGCUCUGUGCUCCGCCCACCAGGUCCGGAUUGGUUGCGGAACGGCUGCGGCCAUGACUAACAACUGAAGUCUCGAGGACCCACAAUAUCUCGCAAAUUCAUGUAGAAUAGAACCACAGAAAUGACAACUGUUUGUUUCCAUCCAGAGCAAUAGAGAGGAAACAACUCUGUGCUGUGUUUUCAAGGUGUACUGCAGAGAAAUAUGAUCUGCAGUGAGCACAGUCUGUUUUAUUUUGAAAAUUAACCGGAUGUUUUAUUUUGUUACUGUGCUCAACUUCCUGUCCCGCAAUAUCUGCCGUGUACUGAAAUGAUAAUAGAAGAAAAAUAGAAGCUUUGCGCAAGUCUCCGUCCCAGCUCUGGCGACCCGCAGCCCUUCGGAGCAGAUACUCAGAGCUUCUGUUUUUACCAUUAAUUUUACCUCGGGGGUAAGCCUCUCCUCUCUAAGCGAAUGUCUCUGGCGCCAUUUUAAUGCUACAAAGUCAUCACCUGCAGUUAGCAUCCCAUUGACCGCCAUUCAAUUUGGCGCCACCUUCACAGUGAAUAACUUUACAUCUGAAGCGUUUCAAGACUCUGUUUGUGCAUUUUUUAUUUCUAAAGAAACACGACAAUGUAUAAAAGGCUCCAUUACCUUGUAGCUCACGUUAUGGCUCCGUAGCAGACGUUUUUGUAUAAAAUAGGCUAACGAUUGUGUCAGAACCAUGCGACUUGCUGUCGCACAGUUGACAAAUCACCGUAUUGCCAGGAAAAACUUGCAGACAGUUUCGACCUACAUCAGCUGUUUAGGUUUAAUUACUAACGUUCACCAGCAUGUUAGUUAGCAGUAAUUAGCCUGUGCCUAUGUUAUCUCCUAACAUAUACCUACACUCUCCGUCUCUGCUGAUUGGUAAUGAUUGAGAUUUCUCUUGGCACAGUUACCAGAGGACUUACAACUUUCAGACACGUUGCUAACGUCACAUCUACGUCGUCAAGCUCAAUUGGAGGCUGCGCAGUAACGCUUAGCCAUCACCAGAAAAGCGCUACUAUUUUCCUUCACGGGACUCCGUCCAUAACAACGGGAUCUGUUGGUCCACUUUUUUUUUUUAACUCUCUAUGAAUUUUACAUGAAUUUGCGAGAUCUCGUGGGUCCUCGAGACUUCAGCUGUCAGUCAUGGCCGCAGUCGUUCCGCAACAAACCUGGACCUGAUGGGUACUGACAGACGGCCGUUACUCAUCCUGUGGAAAUUGGGGGUAACACUAUCUGGCAACAUUUCUUUUCCUUUAUAUUAAUACAAAUUAAUGGGCCCCCUCCUGGCUGUUGUUUAUUAUUUAUACCUAGUAUUAUUAUUUGGUUGAAACAUUCUGCUAUUUGAUUCCUAAACAUCUGGCAUACCAGAAAAUGUUUUUUUUUUUUUUUUUUAAUAAUUCAUUAAUUACAUAUACUGAAAACAUUAGUCUAAGAUAAUAAUUACUAUAAUCCAUAUCAAAGAGCUGGUAUUGUCCUUACUAUGCUUAUUUCUGAAUUCAAUGAUUUCCACGUUUUUUUUCAAACUUAAAAAUGGGAAACUAUAUUUUGAGGUGAUGAGGCAAAUGAUUUUUUUCAAGUCACUUUAUUGAUCAGACGGUGCAGUGUCUGAGAUGCCAAACAGACUUGGGCUCACACAUGGCGUCAGGCUCCAGGACUGAAGGCAGUAAAACACGAAUGGGCACUAUUGGUAUACCUGACAGAGGAGGAGCUAGAAAAGCUAUAGGACAGAUUAUGAUUGUGAAUAAUAUUGGUACACAUCUGAAACAAGUUGGAAGACUGUACUGAUAAGCCAGUUUGGAGAGGAGAUAUUAUAUUUAUCGUGGGAAUUUGCUCAUACAAAUAUGCAAAGUGUAAAUAUAUAUUCAUGGAUGUUUAUUGGAGCUUCAUUGUCCAUUACCUAAAACUACAAGAAUUAUAUUUCUCAAUAUGUCUGAAAAUGAAUAAUGACUGAUGUAUGUAUGAUGUGUGUAAUUUGGGAUUGUCUGUGUAAAUUGCAUUGCUCUUUAAUUGUUUUCUGAGUGCGUAUCUUCCUUUGGCUCAUUUCCAGUGUAGUCUUAUUAGUUUGGAUUGCACUGCUACAUUUAGCACUCUUGAGAAUCAUCUUGGUCAGUUUUUUCUACAGUUGUACGUUCAUUCUGUCCGUCUCCUGGUUGACACCAUAUAUUCACCCACUGUCCUGUCCAAUAUACAUUUCCAACUUGAAGUAUAAUUGAAUAAUGAUCCCUCAGCAGACUAAUCAGUGUACGUGAACAUAUGCCAACUGUAUGCGUAGAUACAGCAAGAGGGAGCAGAAGGUACAGUGCAUUGGCAUACGAUAUUCCCUUUAAUUCUUUAGUGGAGAGGGUCCAGUAGUGAAAUGCUCAUAAAUCCCCUUUGAGCACCAAAAAAAGAGGGUAUGCGCAUUUGAGUAGGCUUCAGUGUCAGUGUGGUUGUUGUUGUUGUUUUUUUUUAAACAGUUGAUUAAUUUCUUAACUAUAAGGGAUAAUUUCCUCUUUGCACAACUUAACAAGCUCCCUGUACAACUCUGUUGCAAAAUGUCUGUGUUUGUGUGUAAAAUGAAGCUUAAGUGCACAUGUUCAAGUGUGUGCAUGCCCGUGGGAAUAAUGGAUCGACUGUAAUUCUGCGUGGGUAUGGUGAAUGAAACCGAUCCAAGAUGCUCCAGUUGUUUAACAUGUGACCAAAGUAGCCAAUCUUACGGUUCAUUUCUGUACAUCAUUUUCUAGAAAUGCUUGAAUAUUUUUUCUCAAAGCCAAGAAGCUGACAUUUAUUUUUGUACUUCAUUUUUUCAUGCAAAUUUAUAUUUCCCUCUCCACUACAGAAUUGAAAGUGAUUGGGAUUCUACAGAACACUGUCACUCAUUAUGGUACUUUGUUUGCAGGUACUAAUUAAAGCUGUAUUUAAUGUUGAAAGCAUGCCCUAAAUAUAAAUCAACAUAAAAGCAUUGAGUACAUACAAAAUGUGAAUUAUUUCUACAAAAUGGAGCAUAUCUAAUAUUUUGAGGUUUUUAUUCUAGCAUGCAGAGUAAUGCUAAAAUUGAGUUUUAUGGUUAGUAAUGAAAAGAUUAAUUAUUUAGGAAAAGGUCUAACAAUGAGCACUUUUGCUGUGUAUCAGACAGAAUUGUACUCCCCUUGAACAUUCAGAGUGGAAGAUGGUUGCUAUUUUUAUUUUAAAUGCUGCUAUCAUUUGUUUUGAGCAGAGAAGCUGUUUUUAAAUUAACUUUAAGCCAAGUAGCAAUAAAACUUUUUACUGUGAAUUUUUUUGUCCAGUGUCCAUUUUGCUUACCGAUUUUAUGAUUUCAUGCCAAUAAAUAUCAUCGAAAGGA